AUGUAUAGAGGCGACAAUGGCCCGGCCCGGGGCCACGGCUUCGCCGGCCAUUCGUCAGGCCUGUCACCCUCAACAGCUUCAAUGCCUCUCUCGAUUCCCAGCGCAUCGAGCCUCGGCGACGUCCCACCUCCGCUCCCGCCGCCACGGUAUGUGCCCGGGGCUGAUGGCCCUCGCAUGGAAUACCGGGGACCACUGCGCCCUGACGAUGACGACAUACCGCAUUACAAGAGACGGGACAUGAGGGAUGAGGGCUACCACAGCAUUUCAUCGACCAAUUCCUCGCGAGGAUUCGAACCCUUCCCGCCGCCAGCAGGGCGAGAGCCCUUGCGGCCACACGGCUUCGGCCUUCACCACAACCACUACCAGUUCAACUCGGGCGCGGAUUCGUAUGACAACGCCAUGGUCAAGAGCUUUGACGUGAGGAGGGCACUGGAUAACCGGUCACCACCACUACGUUCAGCUCUGAGCCUUUCUGCCCAGGACCCAUCGACACGACCUCAAGAGCGCCUCUCCUUGCUGAAGCCGCUGUCCCUGCCGACCAGGGCCAAGCAACAGCCCACAACCGACUCGCCAAACCGAUUACUCGAAACGCCACUGUCGUCCGCCGCCUCGCCCCUCAACCCUCCUCCCUUUGGACGGGCUGAGUACUACUCUCCGAGCGGUCUCAUGGAUCCCGACCGCUCACCACGAAGCGGGCGGGCGAAUAGCGGCUCCAUCCCGGACGAUGCGACUGUGUCGAGCCGCGGCGAUGGCUACUACAACGAGCAGGAGUUUGUCUCGGAUGACAGGCUGAGCCGCUCCGAGUUCCAAGCAGUUGGGCAUAAGCGGAGAGCUUCGUCCCCGGCCGGUGAACAGGCAUCGGUUCACAGCAUCCCAUCACCUGGCGAUAGGCUGAGACGCAAUGAGGGCUUGUCGCGAGGAUCGCCGACUCCCCGGCUUGCUGUUGUCCCUCAAGGGUCCACCCCAAUGUCGUCUGGUACCCGCAAUGGAUCUUACGCUUCGGGCCUGUCACUGACAGCCAGCAACAUGAGCAGCAUGCACUCGUACAACCAUGGGCGGAGGUCACCCGGUGGCCUCUCCCCUGGUGGGACCUCGCCCACUGACCAAAGCUCCAGCCACUCCCCGUAUGAGACCGGCUCGCUCACGACAUCACCGCGAUCUUCCAUUUCCACUGGACCUCACCACCGCACUCUGAGCGAGCAGAACCGCCAGGUCAUGUCGCCUCGGAAGCUUCCAGACAUGCUCAAACCCACUGCGUCAAAGAUCCAGGGCUUUUUUAUGUGCGACUGCUGUCCUAAAAAACCAAAGAAGUUCGAGACUGUCGAGGAACUCAGAAUUCAUGAGUCUGAAAAGCAGUAUGAGUGCGCCUUCUGCGGCAACAGAUUCAAAAAUAAGAACGAGGCGGAGCGGCAUCAAAGCUCGCUGCACCUGCGGAGACAUAGCUGGUCUUGCUCCGCGCUCUCUGGCUAUGACCGGGCAUUCCACGCAUCCACGUCGCGGCCAGGGGAAGCAGAUACUUGUGGCUAUUGCGGUGACGAGUUUCCGCGAAGUGGGCAAGCUCCGGGCCGUUCCAUGGUCCGCCAUGCUACCGACCAGGACUGGGAGGACCGCAUUCGCCACCUGCAGGACGUGCACAAGUUUCGGGAGUGCAACUCGAGCAAGAAGUUCUACCGAGCCGAUCACUUCCGGCAGCACCUCAAGCACAGCCACGCCGGUACCAGUGGCAAGUGGACUAACAUGCUAGAGAACGCCUGCAUGAUGGAGGAAGAGCCUGCUGUGCCUCGCUCUCGCUGA